CAGCACGCGCGGGCGUACCCUUGCCGGGGGCCGUAAAGCGCGGAAGGUCGCGGUCUCCCGCUUCCCCGGAACUUUUUACUCCCUCCGCCCCGCCCCCUUCCCAUUCCCAGUGCCCCGUUUCUGGCGGCGGGACCCCCGGCAACUGUUGUGGCUGCUGUCGCGCUGCCGCCGGGGUGCUGCUGACGGCGGAGCCCGCGGCGGCCCGUGAGUUUGAAUUGGGGAGAAUCUCCUCUUUGGCCCAGUGGGAGCACAUCUCCGAGCUGCUGACUGACAGACGUGAUGUUUUCCCGGUUGCUGUCGGUGGCCCGGAGACAAAGGACCGGCCGAGGAUGGCAGAACUGGUCGUCGGGGAGAAGCGGUGCGCCAGCUGCCGAGGCGCAUUCUGUCGCCCUGCCUGCCCAGGCACAGGUGGUCAUCUGUGGCGGUGGAAUCAUGGGCACAUCCGUGGCCUAUCACCUCUCCAAGAUGGGCUGGAAGGAUAUUGUCCUUUUGGAGCAGGGCAGGCUGGCCGCUGGCUCUACGAGGUUCUGUGCCGGCAUCCUGAGCACCGCCAGGCACUUGACCAUCGAGCAGAAGAUGGCAGACUAUUCCAACAAACUCUACCAGCAGUUAGAGCAAGAAACAGGGAUCCAAACAGGUUACAUAAGGACAGGCUCCAUCUUUCUGGCCCAAACUCAGGACCGGCUCAUCUCCCUGAAGCGUAUCAACUCCAGGCUGAAUGUCAUAGGCAUCCCUUCUGAGAUCAUCUCCCCCAAGAAAGUGGCCGAACUUCACCCUCUCCUAAACGUGCACGACCUGGUGGGGGCCAUGCAUGUUCCCGAGGAUGCGGUGGUGUCCUCUGCUGAUGUGGCUCUUGCCCUGGCAAGUGCUGCCUCCCAAAAUGGUGUGCAGAUCUAUGACCGUACAAGCGUGCUUCAUGUAAUGGUCAAAAAAGGCCAAGUAACCGGUGUGGAGACCGAUAAAGGACAGAUUGAGUGCCAGUAUUUUGUCAACUGUGCUGGUCAGUGGGCAUACGAGCUGGGUCUGUCCAACGAGGAGCCGGUUAGUAUCCCGUUACAUGCCUGCGAACACUUCUACCUUCUGACUCGCCCCUUGGAGACCCCUCUGCAGAGCAACACACCAACUGUUGUGGAUGCUGAUGGAAGAAUUUAUAUCCGGAACUGGCAGGGUGGCAUCUUGUCUGGGGGCUUUGAGAAGAACCCGAAGCCAAUAUUUACUGAAGGCAAGAACCAGCUGGAAAUUCAGAAUCUGCAGGAAGACUGGGAUCACUUUGAGCCCCUGCUGAGUUCCCUCCUGCGUCGGAUGCCAGAACUGGAGACUCUGGAGAUCAUGAAGUUGGUCAACUGCCCCGAGACCUUCACCCCAGACAUGAGG